CUUUACUUUUUAAUUAAAUCACUGAGUAUUUAUUUAUAAAAAACGGAGUCAGAAGUAAAUCAAGGGCCCGUGGGUCCAAUUUCACCAUCAAAAACGGACAAUCCAGAGCACGAAAGCUUUGGAGAAGAUUUCUUCCACUCGGGCAUGGAUUUAAAAGCUGAGGAUGAUGAUAAUGUUGAAAAUCGUGAACUUUAUCUUGUAAAUACACCACGGGAUUCUUUGCCUGAUGUGAUAGUUGCGGGUUCAGAAGCCGUCAAUGAAGAAAUAAAUGCAGAUCUUCAGUCAAAUACAAUUGCUGGCUUGAUGGCAGGUCAAUCUUCAGUUUGUUUCCCAGCUAAAUUCACGUACGACUUUUCACCUAGUCCUGGAAGCGAUGACCGUCACCAAAUUUCCGUCGGCGUAGGCAAAAGAAAACAACGAAGGUAUCGCACGACUUUUACAAACUUUCAAUUAGAAGAACUAGAACGUGCUUUUCAGAAAACUCAUUAUCCCGACGUUUUUUUUCGUGAAGAACUUGCUCUAAGAAUUCAAUUAACCGAAGCUAGAGUUCAGGUGUGGUUUCAAAAUAGACGGGCAAAGUGGCGAAAACAAGAAAAACAAUGUAAAGUUGGCAUGACGUCACAUCUAUCACCAGACAUUUGUCAAGAAGUACAACACCAUCAACAGCAACCUAUGCAACACCAACACCAUCACCAACAACAAAACACUGAACAAUUACUUUUAGAAGCACCAUUAGGAAGUCCGCCGCCAAUUUAUCUAGGAAUGGAGUGGGCUGGUUUUUCUCCAUUCACAAAUGUUGCAACUACCUCGCCUUUGAUCAUCAAUACCUUAAAUAAACCAGCUGAGCAUGAUGAUAAUCCACUUUUAGAUCCAGAUCUUUUGCAACUAAAAACUCCGCGAUCAUAA